CCCGCGCUCGCUGCCAGUCCGCGGGCGGAGGCGCCAGGAUGUGGGUCAUGUUGCCGCUGCUGUGCGCGGCCGCGGGGCUCCUGGGACCCCCGGCCUGCGGCGCCACCGACGUCUACGCGAGCUCCUUAGAGAAAGUUCACUUUAAGUCGUGGAUGGCGCAGCACCAAAAGAAAUACAGCUCAGAGGAGCACCAGCACAGGCUGCAGACCUUUGUCGGCAACUGGAGGAGGAUAAGGGCCCACAACGCUGGGAACCACACGUUUAAAAUGGGGCUGAACCAGUUUUCAGACCUGAGCUUCGCGGAAAUAAAAAGCAAGUACCUUUGGGCGGAGCCUCAGAACUGCUCCGCCACCAGAGGUAACUACCUUCGGGGGAGGGGUCCCUACCCGCCCUCCGUGGACUGGAGGAAGAAAGGAAAGUUCGUGUCGCCAGUGAAAAAUCAGGGCGGCUGUGGCAGCUGCUGGACGUUCUCCACCACAGGGGCCCUAGAGUCCGCCAUCGCCAUCCAGACUGGGAAGCUGCUGUCUCUGGCGGAGCAGCAGCUGGUGGACUGUGCCCAGGACUUCAACAAUCACGGUUGCCAAGGGGGCCUCCCCAGCCAGGCCUUCGAGUACAUCCGCUACAACAAGGGCAUCAUGGGGGAAGACAGCUACCCCUACAAGGGCCAGGACAGUGACUGCAAGUUCCAGCCCAGCAAGGCCAUCGCUUUCGUGAAGGAUGUGGCCAACAUCACCAUCAAUGAUGAGGAGGCCAUGGUGGAGGCCGUGGCCCUGUACAACCCCGUGAGCUUUGCCUUCGAGGUCACCAGCGACUUUAUGAUGUACAGGAAAGGCGUCUACUCCAGCACUUCCUGUCAUAAAACUCCGGAUAAAGUAAACCACGCAGUCCUGGCUGUUGGGUACGGAGAGCAAAACGGGAUACCCUACUGGAUUGUGAAGAACUCUUGGGGUCCCCAGUGGGGGAUGAACGGGUACUUCCUCAUCGAGCGCGGGAAGAACAUGUGCGGCCUGGCAGCCUGCGCCUCCUACCCCAUCCCCCUGGUGUGAGCGGCGCGG